AUGGAGCAAAGAGACAAGCAACUUCAUGCAAAUGUGUCGUCAGCACAAACUAGCUUCCAACAUGAGACAAUCUCGAACGAGCUGAGGGUCCAGCAGCGCGUUGGCUCAAUGCUGACCAGGACAGGAAUGUCCCCGAGCGACCACAACAUUUUCUUCCCAUGGAUCCCAAUUUCUACUACUAUCGAUCAUCCUGUCGUUCCAGAUGCUGCGGUACCUCUAUUCAACGAACGACGUCUUGACCCACUCGAGUGGAUAGAGUUACUUGAGCAGACUGAGUGUUUAGAUUACGUGAGCCCUGAUGUUGAAGCGUGCAUCGAGAUACAGAGUCGGAUGGAAAGCAAUCAAGAGCUUGACCUCACAGGCACAGAGUUUAUCAGCAGUCCAGCAAUACCAAAGCUGCCAUCGCUGAAUACUCUUCCUGUGGAGCAUUCAACAGUUUUGAAACCCAUCGCACAUCCUCAACGUAAUAUGCCGCGGCGUCCCGGUUUACGUGAAAAGUUUCCUCGACAGCAACCCCUCACGGAGUAUAACCGUCGCAACUACAUUUUCACUGCUGAACGACUCGUUAAAAACAAGAGACCAACAAGACGGAACAGCUCAGUCACCAGGAAAUGUUUGGAAAGGCCACCACCUCGCUCUGCUAGCCGAUCUCUCAAGUUCGAAGUACCACAGAAUACCAAGCCUAAAGGUACUCGACGCAAGCGAGUUUCAUGGAAUGGACACCCAUUAAGUGCCAAAGUGCUCGCUCGAGGGGACUGUGUAAGCGCCAUGGCGGUGGAAAAAGGUGCACCUAUUCCGGGUGCGCUCGCAGCGACCAAGGCGGAGGAUUCUGCAUCGCGCACGGCGGAGGCAAGAGAUGUGCAAGUGAAGGAUGCCAGAACUCUGCUCAGUCGCGUGGGCUUUGCAAAAGUCACGGAGGUGGUAAAAGGUGCCGUGCAGAAGGAUGCACAAAGAGCAGCCAAGGAGGAGGAUUUUGUCGUGGUCAUGGAGCUGGCAGAACGUCAUCAUUCAAGGCGGAAAUUGUCUUCCUUUAGUUCUUGCUGUAAGUGUAGUAGUAGUCGCCCAGUUUAA